CUUCCCUCCUUUUUUCUUUUUCUUUUUUUGUAUCAGGCGCAUCAUACGCCCUCCCAAGAGACUACACUAUGGCGACAGCUGCGACACAAUCCGGUGCCUCGAGAUGGCAAUACUUAGACCACAUACGAAGAACACGUGGUCCUUUUAAUCAGGACUCAGAUGUAAGCGAAGAAGCUCUCGCGACUCUAGACAAGACCAAGAUUCUUGUCAUCGGUGCCGGCGGGCUCGGUUGUGAGAUACUCAAGAAUCUCGCCCUUUCCGGUUUUAAGGACAUCCAUGUCAUAGAUAUGGAUACCAUCGAUAUCUCCAACCUCAACCGCCAAUUCCUCUUCCGCAAAGACGACGUAGGCAAGUUCAAAGCAGAAGUUGCCGCCAAAUUCGUCGAGAAACGAGUCAAAGGUGUAAAGAUUACUCCACAUAAUUGUCGAAUCCAAGAGUUUGACGAGGACUUUUACAUGCAAUUCCAAAUGGUCGUUUGUGGUCUCGACAGCAUUGAAGCACGGCGAUGGAUCAACGCAACCCUCGUAAACAUGGUGGAUAUGGAAAAUCAGGACUCGCUGAAGCCGUUGAUCGACGGUGGAACAGAAGGAUUCAAGGGCCAAACCAGGGUUGUAUUUCCAACCCUCACACCGUGUAUUGAGUGUCAGUUAGACCUCUAUACCCCACGAGCCGCCGUACCACUCUGUACAUUAGCUACCAUACCACGCCAACCAGAACAUUGCAUAGAAUGGGCUCAUAUUAUCGCAUGGGAACAAGAGAAACCCUUCCCAAGUUUAGACAAGGACGACCCCGAGCAUAUCACCUGGCUCUAUCAGAAAGCCCUCACGCGAGCCCAAGAAUUUGGCAUCGCUGGCGUUACCUACUCACUUACUCAAGGCGUCGUCAAAAAUAUCAUACCUGCAAUAGCGUCCACUAAUGCUAUUAUUGCUGCGAGUUGUUGCAACGAAGCUCUGAAGAUAGCUACUACAGCCGCACCCUCACUUGGGUUCGAGGAGAGCUACAUGAUGUAUUCCGGUGACGACAGCAUCUACACCAACACUUUUAAAUACGACAAGAAAGAGGACUGUGCCGUAUGUGGCGAGGUAGCCAAACCGCUCCAAGUCGAUCCCAAUUGGACACUUAGGGAACUCCUCGAUUCCUUCUCAACGAAGCCCGAUCUGCAGUUAAAGAAACCCUCAAUCAGAGCCGAAGGUAAGACGCUAUAUAUGCAAUUCCCGCCUAGCAUUGAGGAGCAAACACGAUCAAACUUGGACAAGACCCUGAAGGAAGGCUUGGGCUUGGAUGUAAAUCACGAAGUUGCCGUAACAGAUCCGGCAUUCCCAGCAUUGACUUUCCGAUUCAUUCUGCGUUUCACAUAAGCAAAGGCGUUGUAGGAGCAUGAUACCAUACCAUAGUCUCUUCAAAAAAGGGGUUUGCCGCAUUUAUUUAGUUGGGCGUCGUUAUGAUAACUAUUUGAUUCUUCCUCUUCCUGGCUGUAUACCUCUUAACUACCUGAUAUGUUCGUAUUAGUCAAAGGUAGAAGUGCGAUUGUCUCGCCCAAAAAGAAAAACUCAACCAAGUUGUCAAAGAGCGCAAAGUUGGCCCAUGAGCCUCCCUAGACAGUUUAAUGAUCUGUGGUCUGUUACGUCAGUCCAUUUUCAUAUCUGUUAAACAGAUUUCCGACUUAUUGUAACGUUUAUAACUCAC